AUGAGUUACUUGGGGGUUGCUGUCUACCACGGAGGCAAGAUGAAGCUGAUUGAUAGGAGACUGAGGCUAACGGAGCUGCUCUUACGCAGCUCCAUCACUGUCCUCGCUCUCCUCGGGAUUAUUCUGAUUGUUACAGACACUCAGGUCAAGCGAAUCUUCACUAUUGAGAAGAGGGCUAAGUACACCAACAUGAAGUCGUUUGUGUUCUUGGUGGUCGUUAAUGGUAUAGUUUCGGUGUAUUCAUUGUUGCAGACGCUUCGUUGCGUUAUGGGUUCGAUGAAAGGAAGCGUUUUGCUCAACAAAUCUCUAGCUUUGGCCAUUUUCUCCGGCGACCAGGCGAUGGCUUACAUGAGUGUGGCGGCUAUAGCAGCAGCAUCAGAGUCUGGUAUGAUUGGGAUAAGAGGUGAGGAAGAGCUGCAAUGGAUGAAAGUGUGCAAUAUGUUUGGUAAGUUCUGCCACCGAGGAGCUGGAGGAGUAGCCAGCACCAUUCUUGCUGCAGUUGCAAUGGUUUUGGUCUCUUGCAUUUCAGCGUUUAGUCUCUUCCGCUUGUACGGUGUCACCAACCAAAGACCAUCAAAGCUAGCCAUGGUGAAGUGAAAAGACGCAUCCUCUGUCUUUUUUAUUAGUGUUUAAAUGUUU